AUGGAUCAUCAUCCUCUCAAACCCUCCUCUCCAGUUAAGCUCCAAUGGUUUGUAUGCGCACUCGCGAGCUUCCUCGGCUUCCUCUUCUUCUCCUAUGCCCUGCUAAGCGCCAACAUUCGAAACAGCGCGACACUGCCAUCUUUCCAACACUUGGUAUCGAACCACGCCGCGAUAUCUCCCGUUGCAGAAGUAGAGUACUACUACUCUAGUGUUGUAACCAACAAAGAGAUCAGAGCUCUUGCUCCGGUGUACAAUGCUGCAGUGGUGCCUCUCUCUUCGAGUGUCGAGGGAGAGUGCGACGUGUUCGACGGGGAGUGGGUCUACGACGAGGAGGCGUACCCGCUCUACGCGGCGCGGCAGUGCGCGUUUCUCAGCGGCCAAGUGAAUUGCCGGAGGAACGGUCGGCCGGAUUCCGACUACCAGCACUGGAGGUGGAAGCCUAAAGGAUGUGAGCUUCCAAGGUACGGUGGGACGGAGAUGUUAGAGAGGUGGCGAGGGAAACGAGUGGUGAUCGUGGGAGAUUCUCUCAAUAGGAACAUGUGGGAAUCACUCGCAUGCAUCCUCUAUUCCUCGAUGCAACACAAAUCACGCGCCUACGUAAAUGCGAAGAGCCAUGAGUACAAGAUGUUCCGAGCCAUGGAUUAUGAUUGCACUGUGGAGUUCUACUGGAGUCCGUUCCUCGUGAAGCUAGAGCAGAGGAAGGAUCAUUCCAAGGUGCUCAACCUCGACGAGCUCCCAGACACGGCCCAGCGAUGGAUAGGCGCGGAUGUCAUGGUUUUCAACUCCGGUCACUGGUGGACUCACCGCGGCAAGAUGAGAGCCUGGGACUGGUACGAGCGACGGGGAAGGGCGGCGGAGAUGGGGGAGUAUGAAGCCUUCAACAGAGCAUUCAGGACCUGGGCCCGAUGGGUCGGGCAGAGCGUCGACACGGCCCACACCAGAGUCUUCUUCCGGAGCAUCUCUCCAGAACACAAACUGGAGAACUGGUGCUACAACCAGACCACUCCGUUCACCAAUGAGACAUAUAAGCAGUAUUUUCCAAGAACCAUGAUCUCUGUAGUCGAGAGGAACAUUCAGAAAAUGAGAAACAAGGUUAAGUAUUUGAACAUCACCCAUUUAUCGGAGUAUAGGAAAGAUGCGCACACCUCAGUGUACACCACAAGACAAGGGAACCUUUUAACUUUGGAUCAGCAGCGGCAGCCGAACCUGUAUGCCGAUUGCAGUCACUGGUGCCUCCCAGGGCUUCCUGAUACUUGGAAUGUGCUUCUAUUUGCCUCCUUGAUGGGAACUCCCUCUAAUGUUUCAUAGUCUUAUUCUACUGGUGAUUUUGUGUUGUCAUUACUUAUUCUUAAACUGACAUUGAGAACAAAACAGAACUAAUUGAAGAAAUAGAUGAUAUGUCAGUUGAA